GUUCUUGUAGAGUAGUAAUGCAGCACGGCUCGCUGUGGAUGCUCUUCUGUUAGCAUGCCUGCUAAAGCAAAACAGCAUCGUAAAGCAAGAGUUUAAACGAAUAUAAAGAUUAUUAAACUUAAACAUUUACAGCAACAAGCGCCGUCUGUAAAACCUCAGUGAGCAGCAUUUGAGGAGUCGAUGCUCAUGCACUUUAUCAGGACUGAGUGUUCAGGGUUCAGAAUGCCGCCGUGAUUUGGAAAUGUCUCUUAUCGUCUGCCAUGCUGGACUUGCUGAAGACCCCAUAUUGUGUUUCUUUUGUAAAUAUGAGACCGUUGUUAAAUACAGUGCAUGCAUGUCUAAGUCUGCUGCCACCCUGAAGCUCAAGAUGGAUCUCCUCAUGACUGUUUUAAGCCUGAGGGAGUGACCCUUUGGAUAUUUGAGCAAUAUGGAAGAAGACAUGGCUGUACAAUGGGAUACAGUGGAGCCGCCCAUUGUUUCUCUGGCCAGUCCGUGUUAUGGAAAUGACAGCCAUGUGUUAUCAUCUCAAGCACCUGACUGUGAACAUGAGGCGCUUGAUGUGCUUGAUUUUGAUUGUGAAUUCCCUGAUGAAGACUUUGAUUUGGAAGUAGAUGAGAAUGAGGAGCAAAAUACCAAAACUGAAGAUUUGAAUGAUGAUCAGGUGCAAGAUGGGAUUUCUGAGAAGGACAAGGAGAAAUUUGAAGGAGGGGGAAAAAUUGAAUUGGAGAGUGAGUUUGGAGGCAAUGGGGAGUCUAGAUCCCGCAAUGCUGGGACGGGUAGGAAAGGAAAGUCCAAAAAGAGUGGAUCAGGGCAGGGGCCUUGCGAUCAAACACCAUUGUGGACAUCUUCCAUGUCUCAUAAAUCCUUCCUUGCAUCCUCUGGGCCCAGCAGACACAAGCAGCUGAAGCGACGAAACCAGCAUCUGCAAAAUCACAGCCGCGUACGAAGGACAAACGGGAUCCAGCUGGUCGUGGUGUGUCGGGAUUUCCUGGCAGAUUUCGUCAGCCCCUGGUGCAUUUCCUGCAUCCAUAUUGUUGUGGAGCUCAUCAUCUCUUUGACCCACCGCUGUGGGGUUGCUGUUGAAUCCUCUGCACUUGCACUAUACGACUUUGGAGCACACAUGCUUUCCAAAGUCACAGAUAUUCCAGGCAUGUCGCAAGAUUUGAGGCGAAUCCUGGACUGGAGCUGGUGUUCAAGUGUAGCUGUAAUAGAAAGCAUUGGCAGGUCUGCUCGUUGGGCUCGACAUGCUCUACUUUCUUGUUGGAGAUUUGUUUGUGCUGCACUAAGCGCUGGCUCUCAGAUGUUGAGGUGUAUUGUGGGAAGGCUGGCUGGAGAGAGAGGCAGGCAAUGGUGGCUUGCCCUUCAGAGCAGCAGGGUUUGGAGGAAAGUGUCAGAUCUGAACACAAGGAUUCAUGAGUGUUUCUUUAAAAAAGGCGUCGUGAAUGAAAACUCGAAUCCGGAGUCUCCCAGUAGGGGGGCAGACAAGUGGCAGCCUGGUGAAGAACUGCAGAGACUGCUGGCACUAGCCAAGAUCCCUGAAGAGGAGUUGGACCCAUUUAAUGUUCUUGGAGUGGAUAUUCAUGCCACUGAAUCAGAACUCAAGAGAGCUUAUAGACAGCUGGCAGUACAGGUUCAUCCAGACAAAAACAAGCACCCAGGUGCUGGCGAGGCCUUCAAGGUGUUAAGAGCAGCGUGGGACAUCGUCAGUAACCCAGAGACUCGGCGAGAGUAUGAAUUGAAGCGUAUGGCAGCUACGGAGCUUUCAAAGUCCAUGAAUGAGUUUCUGACCAAACUGCAGGAUGACCUGAAAGAAGCCAUGAACACAAUGAUGUGCACUAAAUGUGAGGGCAAGCACAAGCGCUUCGAGAUGGACCGCGAGCCUGGUGAGGCCCGAUUCUGUGCUGAAUGUAGUAAGUGGCACAGCGCCGAGGAGGGAGACCUGUGGGCUGAAUCCAGUAUGCUGGGACUGCGCAUCACAUACUUCGCCUUCAUGGAUGGCAAAGUCUUUGACAUCACUGAGUGGGCAGGCUGUCAGCGUAUAAGCAUCUCUCCAGACACACAUCGCGUGCCAUAUCACAUCUCUUUUGGCUCUAAAGGUAGCAGCGGAACCAGCCGCCACAGAUCCGCCCCAGAGCACGCAGCAGGUGGAGGCUCACCUGCAGACCUGCAGGACUUCUUCAACCACUUCUUCCAGGGUGGAGCUCCCAGUGACAUGUCUGCUAAUGGAGGAAUCUUCCCAACAGGAAACCCGCCGCCUCAUUCCUCCGGAGCAGCUGCAGGGACUUCAACAACGUUUUCAGGAUCUUCUCCACAAACGGGGUUCUUUAGCCCAGGGGCCCAACGAGGCGACCCCAGCGAACACUGGACUGACGGAGGAAAGCCCCCACGCCGGCGCAAGAAAGUUCGCAAGCCAUUCCAGUGCUGAGGAAUGCAAUGUUGUGCAGAGAUGGAGCGCCGUCUGUUGCCAUGUUUUGACAUGAUAUUGGCCAGCUAGUGCAACAAAACGAGGACAGAAUCUUUUGACCUCUGUUGAGCAUUUCAGUGUUGGCGCUUUGAAGCUUCCUGAUACAGAAUGAAAUGGCAACAUCAAAUUUCGUAGAGGGGCAAGCAAAGAUGGAUGCAAGAAGAAGAUCUUUGCUGUUUCAUGUUUGAAGUCCUUUUUUGUUUUUAUCGCUCUUUUUUUUGGACACAAAUUAACCUACAUUCAAGCAUUUGAAAUAACGUUCUUUCAAGAAACAGAAGGACUCAUGAGUCAUGAGUAGAUUUUCUGGUGUAUCUGAAGAAUAGUUGACCCAACUUUAAAAAUUGUCACUAUUUACCCACCCGCAUGUUGUUCCAAACAUUUACGCCUUUUAUUUUUGCUUAUCACAACUUUUUUUCAUUACAAAGGAAGUAUAGAGAUUUCCCAACAUCAUAAAAGUAGACCAUGUGACUUGUACUUUUCAAGUCUUCUGAAGACAUCAGAUAGCUUUGUGCGACAACCAAAAAGACCCAAAUUAGCAAUUCACUGAUUAUGUUCUUAGCUAUUAAAUUUGGCCGAGGUUUGAUGUGAUGGAUGCAUGAUAACCAAUGGUGUUUAGUAUUCUGAGCUUCAGUGGAGGGGAGCAUGAGCAGCGGAUAAAACGUUUUUUUUUUGUUUUUAGAUUGACAGAUGUGGUUACUAUGAACCGCAUGAGAUUCUUAAAUUUCACCAGAAGGAAAAACAGUGGUAGAGUUUGAAACGACAUGAGGGUAAUAAUGGCAUUUUUAUUUUUGGGUGAAGUUGAAAAAUGUUUCUGGUUUUGUCAGGCUUGAAAUGGUGAAUCUGAUGGAAAAUCUUCAUGAUGUGGCUGAAUGUUUUGUACCACGUAAGGAUUAAUGUAGAAGUCACACGCAGACCUCAGGGAUGACUUUUUCUUCAUCUGCUACUAGUGAGAGAACAGGGAAAGGACGUAUGUUCCUGGGAUUAUCGUAUAGAGCUCAUGCAAUCCAGAGCAAGCAUUUUACCAGUUACUCAAGCUGUUCAUAAUAAAACCAGAUUUUUUUUUU